ACCAAAAAAAACAAAUAAAGAAACCCAAACAACUCUCUCUCUCUCCUUUUCUCUCUAUCUCUCUCCAGAGUGUUUUGGUCUCCGGAGAAAUGGUUGCGACGAGACGAAGUGGAUCUCUGCCGUCGACUGUUAAACGGUCGGCCUCCUCCUCCGAUGAUUCUUCCUCUAAGCGACAAAAGGUAGUAGAUAAUAAUAAUAAUAAUGCGGAGUCGUCGGAGAAACCCAAGUCUCCUCCACCGACUGAGAAUCCUAAGGAGUUGUCUUCUACUGACCCGCCGGAAUUCGCCGCCGUUACUGCUCCGGACGGUGAGACCACCGCCGUCCCCCCCGCAAAAGGUGACGAUGCGCCUUCCGUAUCCGUUGUAGCAGAACCUAUCGCUGAAGGGGCAACACCUGCUAUUGUUGAUAAGCCGAGGAGUUCGGUGACUUUGAGGAAGCUGAAUCAAGGUUCGGAAACAACAUCGCCUUGGUGUAGGCUUAUAUCAGAGUUUCCACAGAAUCCAACUAUUCAUGUUUCGGCUACAAAUUUCUUGAUUGGUUCUAGCAAAAAUGCUCAUCUUCCUAUCAAGCAACAAACAGUUAGUGCAACCUUAUGUUCAAUAAGGCUUACACAGCACGAAGGAAAUUGGGUUGCUGUGCUUGAGAGCAGGGGCAAAGGAUCUGUGCAAGUUAAUGGAAAGACAGUUCGGAGAAGCACUAGUUGCAUCCUCAAUUCAGGCGAUGAGCUUGUUUUUGGUGUUACAGGGAGUCAUGCUUAUAUAUUUGAGCAGCUGCCAUAUGAGCUUGGGGUUAAGUCACCUCCUUCAGAUGUUAGGACCAGUGCAGGAAAAUUGCUGCGCGUUGAGAGAAGAGCAGGAGAUGCGUCAGCUGUAGCAGGUGCUUCCAUUUUGGCAUCGCUUUCAAGCCUGCGGCAAGACCCAUCGCGUUUGAAACCUACGUCUCAGGUUAGUGGGAAUGAGCUGUCUUCAUCCCCUGUUAUUCAUGAAGAUGAGCUUGAUGGCCUCGAAGUCGAUUCAGCUGCUGCUGCUGAUGUUACAUUGACUAGCAAGAUUCCCCCUCUUGAUGGAAACCUGAACGCUAGCAGAGAGGCAGGCAACAAGCCGGAGGAAAGAGAGUGGACCAGAGAUUCAAUGCCGGCUUCCACAGCAGGGGUGUCUCUGAGAUGUGCAGUAUUUAAAGAAGAGAUUCAUGCUGCAUUAGUUGAUGGACAGCAACUAGAUGUUUCAUUUGAUAGCUUCCCAUAUUACUUGAGUGAGAACACAAAGAAUGUGCUGAUUGCGGCUUCAUAUAUACACUUAAAGCAUAAAGAACAAGUAAAAUAUACUUCUGAGCUAUCCACUAUCAACCCAAGAAUUCUUCUCUCAGGCCCUGCAGGAUCUGAGAUUUAUCAGGAGAUGCUGGCAAAGGCACUUGCUCAUUAUUAUGGAGCUAAAUUGCUCAUCUUUGAUAGCCAAUCCUUUUUGGGUGGUCUAUCAGCAAAGGAGGCUGAAUUACUAAAAGAGGGAUGCAGUGCACAUAAGAUGUCUGCUAACUCCAAGCAGAUUCCUGGAGAACCUGACUUGCCUAAAGGCAAUGAGUCAUCAUCUGGUCAAGUAACUAAUGCUAGCACACUGACUGAUCCUUUGGGUUUGGAAGCACACCCAAAGAUGGAGAGUGGCAAUGUACCAUCUUUAGCUGGGACAUCAAAGAAUACCUUGUUCAAGAUAGGUGAUAAAGUGAGGUUCAUUGGUUCUGCUUCUGGUGGUUUAUAUUCUAACUCGACCAGGGGGCCAACUUUUGGGACUCGAGGGAAGAUUGUGUUGCCUUUUGAAGAUAAUGCAUUAUCAAAAAUUGGUGUAAGGUUUGAUAAGCCUAUACCAGACGGGGUUAACUUUGGGGGUCUUUGUGAUGAUGGUCAUGGAUUCUUUUGCAAGGCCAGUGAACUACGCUUGGAAGCCACAGGUGCUGAUGAUCUGGACAAAUUACUCAUUAGCACAUUGUUUGAGGUUGUGUUCAGCGAGAGCAGAAACUCUCCCUUCAUUUUAUUUAUGAAAGAUGCUGAGAAAUCUAUGGCAGGGAGUUCAGAAUCGUAUGCAACUUUUAAAAGUCGGCUUGAAAAGCUUCCUGGUAACAUUGUUGUUAUUGGAUCUCAUGCACAUACAGAUAACCGCAAGGAAAAGUCACAUCCUGGGGGAUUGCUCUUCACCAAAUUUGGCAGCAAUCAAACUGCUUUGCUCGAUUUGGCUUUCCCGGAUAGUUUUGGGAAGUUGCAUGACAGGGGAAAGGAAGUUACCAAGACAACUAAACUUCUGACAAAGCUUUUCCCCAACAAAGUGACCAUUCACAUGCCACAGGAUGAAGUGCUUUUAUCUGAUUGGAAGCAACAGUUGGAUCGAGAUGCUGAUACCCUCAAAAUGAAAGGAAAUUUAAAUAGCUUGCGAACAGUUCUUAAUCGGAAUGGAUUAGACUGUGAUGGACUUGACACUUUGUGCAUCAAAGACCAGACUUUUUCUGUUGAAAGUGCAGAGAAGGUGGUUGGAUGGGCCUUGAGCCAUCAUUUGAUGCAGAACCCUGCUGCAAAUCCUGACGUGAGGCUUGUUUUGUCUCCUCUGAGCAUUCAAUAUGGAUUGGAAAUUCUACAAGCUAUGCAAAAUGAAAGCAAGAGCUUGAAGAAGUCACUUAAGGAUAUUGUGACUGAGAAUGAAUUUGAAAAGAGACUUCUGGCAGAUGUUAUCCCCCCCAGUGAUAUUGGAGUAACAUUUGAUGAUAUUGGUGCGCUUGAGAAUGUCAAGGAUACAUUAAAAGAGCUGGUCAUGCUUCCUUUACAAAGACCUGAACUCUUCUGCAAGGGUCAACUAACCAAGCCAUGCAAGGGAAUACUUCUAUUUGGACCCCCUGGAACUGGGAAAACCAUGCUUGCGAAAGCAGUUGCCACUGAAGCCGGUGCAAACUUUAUCAAUAUUUCAAUGUCAAGUAUCACUUCAAAGUGGUUUGGCGAGGGUGAGAAAUAUGUGAAAGCUGUCUUCUCCCUGGCUAGUAAAAUUGCUCCGAGUGUCGUUUUUGUGGAUGAAGUUGAUAGCAUGCUGGGACGACGGGAAAAUCCCGGAGAACAUGAGGCCAUGCGUAAAAUGAAAAAUGAAUUCAUGGUGAAUUGGGAUGGAUUGCGUACAAAAGAUACUGAACGAGUAUUGGUACUUGCAGCAACAAACAGACCAUUUGAUCUUGAUGAGGCUGUCAUAAGGCGACUGCCGCGUAGGCUGAUGGUCAAUUUACCAGAUGCUCCAAAUAGAGCGAAAAUUCUAAAAGUGAUACUUUCAAAAGAAGACUUGUCUUCAGAUGUUGAUCUGGAUGCAGUUGCUAGUAUGACUGAUGGAUAUUCCGGAAGUGAUCUUAAGAAUCUUUGUGUUACAGCAGCAUAUCAACCCAUUAGAGAAAUCCUAGAAAAAGAAAAAAAGGAACAUGCUGCAGCUUUGGCAGAAGGUAAACCUACGCCAACACCAUGCGGCGGUGCAGACAUACGGCCUUUGAACAUGGAUGACUUCAAAAAUGCUCAUGAGCGGGUUUGUGCAAGUGUUUCAUCGGAAUCCAUAAAUAUGACAGAGCUUCUUCAGUGGAAUGAACUGUAUGGAGAGGGGGGAUCUAGAAGGAAGAAGUCCUUGAGUUAUUUCAUGUAAAAGUUGUUCAUAUUGUACAUUGAUGUCUUAAGGAAGAAGUUCUUGAGUGUGAUCUCCUCAGGCCCAGGUCAGUCGCCGCCUUUGUGGUUUGCCAUGACACCCUGGAAGUUUGUACAAUGAGUAUAGGUCUCUUUAGUUAUACAUGAGUUUUGAGAUGUAAUGAGGAUGGAGUAGUCCUCUAGGAAUAGGUAGUAUCUCCACCUUCAUUUUCUUUACCCUCUUUCUCACAACGAGCAGAAAGAUGUCGAUGUUCUUAUUUUAAUGCAGCUGCUACUGUUGCUAUUCAUUAUAUGUCAAGUUGGAAGCAAAUAAUAUGCAAGUCUUGUCGUUAUAGAUACUGACUUGGUUCUUUGGAUAUCUAGUUGUUGAUGAGCUUGUACUUGCCGAGUUCCAGCAAAAAUACAAUGAAAUCCCCCACCCUUCUAUUUAUUUCAUGA